AUGGAUGGUCAAAUGGACGAGCAGGAUGGAUCCCAGUUGGACGAAUUUGGUCAGAAGCCAAGCGAUAUUCCUGGUCUCGACACCUCUGGAAACCCCUUGCGGUCUCAUUUUGAGUCCAACUACGAGAAAAAUUUACUACUCGCCUUACCUAUCACCAGUACACACGUCACGGACGUGGACUGGCGCGAGAAUAACCGGAAGCCUAUCACUGGGUCAAUCGCGCGCGGAGGAUCAACUCCGCGCCGGGCUGCGUUCAUGCAGCAGGUUGGGAUCUCUGCCCCUAAUGGAUACGCGUGUGACUUUUGCCGCCGUGGCUGUGGUCCUUUCGAAUCCUGCAAGAUUGCCAUUGUCCAUGGACGGCUUCUAUUCAAUGGAGCCUGUGCCAAUUGUGCCUGGGGUGCUCAAACUCACAAGUGUUCUUUCCGUUCGGGCCUCCUUCCUCCCCAUAUCUUCAAUGCACUCAGGGCCGUGAACCCUGGCGCUCCAGUCCUGCGACGUGGCUGUGUGGGUAUGGUUAAUGAGUAUAGCGAGUCCAAUGAGCCUUUCACACCAAAUACUGCUGGCCCGACGCUUAGGGUUUCUGCCACUACACGUCGACGUGCUGAGGAGAUUGAAGAGCCCAACAGGUCUCAAGAGCCUCCGUCAUCUACGGCUUCUAGCCGAGCUCCCCAGCAUCUGGCCACCAAGCGUCGGCGGGCCGAGGACGUUGAAGAUGAGUUUGACGAGCCUGAUGGCCUCUGUUCAGUCAAUGUCUCUGGGCGGACGCUUAGAAGUUCGGUUAAUAAGCGUCGGCGAGCCGAGGAAUCUCAAAAGUCCGACGGGUUCGAGGGGUUUGACGAGUCUGAAGACUCCGACGACUCUGAAUACUCCGACGACUCUGACAGGCCCUCGUCAUUUUGUCGGCAUGCUGAGGGGAUCAAAGAAGAAUCUGAUGAGGAUUCAGUAAUUCCUGAAAAUGGGGUAGAGGAGGAUAACACACUGGAGGAGUAUAGCUUAGAGAAUGAUGAUGGUCUGGAGGAGGAUGGUCUGGAGGAGGAUGGUCUGGAGGAGGAUGGUCUGGAGGAGGAUGGUCUGGAGGAGGAUGGUCUGGAGGAGGAUGGUCUGGAGGAGGAUGGCCUGGAGGAGGAUGGCCUGGAGGAGGAUGAUGCAGCAGAUGAGGUCCACGCAAGAGAGAAGGGCGGGACGGUGGGCAACGACAAUACCCGGAACGCAGCCGAGAAAGCUGCUGCUAAGGACUUCAAGGUCCCUACCGGGCCCGAAUAUCGCAAGGAGCUAUACAAUACCGUGCUACGAGACCCGAACCUGCGUGAUCGCCAAUGGCCUGCGAUCCGCUCCCUUUGCCGAGACCUCGCUCAGCUCAUCGAGCGUCUGCAGUGGGAGGAGAAAGUUGUGAAAGCGGUUCUCAGAAAGAAUGGGGAAUUAGAAGCUGAAGAGGAUGAUCUCUUUGCGGGGUUGAACCUGUGA